AUGAUCCUCUCCGCUGCCAACAUCUUCUAUAUCAUCUUCAAUACUCUUUGCGGAAUUGCCAAGACGCAAAGCCAGCUCAUUGCAUAUCGAUUUCUGGCCGGGUUAGGAGGCGCUGGUCCUUUCGGAAUAGGGAGCGGUAUGAACAGUGACCAGGACAGAUGGAAGGCUAUGGCAGUAUUCACGCUGGCUCCCCUCCUAGGAACGGCUAUCGGUCCCAUCACCGGGUCCUGGCCGUGGUGCUUCUAUGUGGUCUCAAUUGCUGCCGCUGUUGUUCAGCUUGGCGCGUUCUUCCUGCUUCGUGAGACAUACGGCCCUGUUCUAUUGCGAAGGAAAUGUGCUCGCAUGCGGAAGACGACGGGAAACAUAAACCUCUACACCGAAUAUGAUGGCAUGUCCUCGACCGCUUUGCUGCACAAGAACUUGGUCCGACCAUUCCGUUUGCUGGCCACGCAGCCCAUCAUCCAGGUACUGAGUCUGUAUCUGGCAUAUCUCAACGGCAUCUUAUACCUGAUGGUUGCUACGUUCCCGGACGUCUGGACGACGAUCUAUCAUGAAUCGGAAUCGAUUGGAUCGCUGAACUAUAUUUCUCUAACGGUUGGAAUGGCUAUCGCAACGCAGCUGGGGACUCGGAUCGCCGACCGCGUUUACCAACGACUGCGUGCUAAUAAUGAAGGGGUGGCUCGGCCUGAAUUCCGGUUACCGAUUCUCUGUGCAGGAGCAUGCAUUGUCCCCAUCGGACUCUUCUGGUACGGUUGGAGUGCCCGGCCGGGCAUUCACUGGAUCAUGCCAAACAUCGGUGCCGCCAUUUACGCCGGUUCUACCGUUGUACAGUUGGUUUGCCUUUUUGCCGCAAGUGCCAUGGCCGCCGUCAUGGUUCUACGAAGUCUGUUAGGGUUUGCAUUGCCCUUGAUAGCCCCAGUCUGUAGAUAUACUACCCUCGGGUUUGCCUGGGGUAACAGUCUACUGGCAUUCGUUGCAAUCUUCAUUGGAAUACCCUCACCACUAUUCCUAUGGUUUUAUGGUGAACGAUUGCGCGAGAAGAGCACAUAUGCGAGAGAUACUUGA